AUGAUGGAAAGUAAAAGGAGACUAGAAGGAUUGAAGGGAGUUCUCUCGGAAUUGAGCUCUGUUUUGGUCCAUGAAGAAGCAAAUGAUUCAGAAGUCCAAAUUAAAAGUAGUGGACAGCAAGGAAAUCUCACCGAAAUCAAUACUUAUAACUUUUCACAGGACGUAUUCAAUAAAUUAUCAGAAUCGAACAGGACAAAAAAACGCAAGCUUCGUGUCACUGAAGAUGUCUCGAUUGUUGCAGAAAAGGAAGACCUAAAUGUAAACAAAUCUGCUUUAUCUGAAGAUGAGAAUGAGCGCGAUGGUAUUCCUCUUUUUGUGCAGGAUUCUUCUAUAUUCUCUGACAUUGUCGAUGAAGAAGUCGACACUGCCAAUGCUACACCACUUUACGAUAGGAAACAAAAACUGACUUCAGUUGAGGAAACUCUCAAUACUACCAAUUGCAACUUUCCUUCGCAUGAGCUGCGGCACUUGAUGACCACAUUCCUAUACCAAUCAUCUCAUUCCAAGAAGUUCACGCUGCCGUCUAAAUCAGCAGAGGAAUUGAAAGCAAUUAUCAAUGAUUUUAUUGAUUCUCUAGCUCGAAGUAUCUCCAGCAUGAUUGCCAAUAAAGAAACAAACAGUGUAGAUAGACCAACUAUACUGAGGCUCUUUUCAAAAUUCGGAACAGUUAACAAAAAAACUACAAAUCAGGAACUAUUUGAAAUAUGCAGGCGUUACUUAAAUCUUGAAGAUUUAAAUGAACUGGAAAUAUCGUUAUUUUCAUGA